AUUAAUGUUAUGCAGAGGCAAUUUCGAAGAGGUAAAAAAUAUGGAUAAACUAUCCUGGAAAAAUAGUCAAUUCAGGUCCGAUCAAUGCUAGACCAUGAUUAAGAAUUCACUUAAUGGAUUCAAAAUCAUAUUGAAGACAGAUUAUUCAACCAAUACAUCCACAAUAAAGUCCUUAACAGAUUACCACAUCCAUAACUUAAACAAAGCAUGCGAAGAUUAUUACUAUUUUAAGAGGAUGAAUGAAUUUAUUAUCUUCAUUCAAAAAUAUAUUCACAAAACAAAAACAUGCAUUGGUCUAUUUUUAUUGAAUCAAUUAGUGAAAAUCACUUAUAUGAUUUCUCUUUGACCUAAGAAACUUCGAAACAAAGUAAUACAUUACUGUUACUAACCACUACCAACUAAAUAAAAAAACAAUUUUGAACUCAGAAAAUAAAACAUACGAACCCGGCGCGUAGCGCCGGAAUACCACUAGUAAUCAAUAUAUCAGCCCCAUCUCUUGCCAUAUGCAAGAAGUGCAUUUGCGAUGUGGUUUUUCGUAAUCGAGUUCUCACGUUAAAAUUUAGAACAGUUAAAAUUGUUGUUACGCUUAAUGAAUAAUUAGAUUUAUUAAUUAGAUUAUUGAUCAUAAUUUAAUAAAAUAAAAAAAUUAACCAAAAAUUAAAACAAAAUUAAAGGUUAUUUCUAUAUACAUUUUGUUGUUAUCCAGAAAAUUAAUAAUCAGAAAACACAUAACUAAAAGUAAUAAUCAAAUAAAAUUUUAAAAUUUAUAUAAUAUUGAAUGAUUUCAAAGAUAUAUUUAUCGAUAAUGAAUAUAUCGUACAAAUAGUUUGCCCUAUGUAAAACCUCUCAAGCCCAUUUUCCUAUGCACGCCGCUUUGAUGGAUCUCAUCCGCUUCAACUCCGCCGUUCAGCCUUCCUCCUCCUGAAGCAGAUCUUCUCUUCCGCCAUGCUCCUGAUGGUGACUGCUCCUGCCCCGUCGCGUUUCAGGCCUCUUCCCGACCCACCACCAUGUAAGCUUUUUUGGUUUGAAUCUCUCUCUCCCACCAUUCCGCCGGACCCACCAGACCCUCCCGACGCUUCCUCUGUUCUCGCUCUGUUUCAAUUCCUCAACGCCGCCGCCAGCCUUUCAUCCCAUGCGUUUCCCAAAAUCCAAGAUCUGGAGUCUCAUUCGCCAAUUUUGACGAGUAAGAUGAGAGGCGGAGACACUCAUCACUUGUCUGUUGGUGUCUCAUCUUUUGUCUCUGGGCGUCGAUGUACUGCUGGAUGCAGUUUGUUAUACCACCGGCGCACAGUGUGGUCUCCUUUUCGAUCAUGUCCUGAUGUUCUCUUCCAGGUUUGCCUCUGCGCUUCACUGUCGGUUCAUUAUUCUGUUGAAUGGUAUGAAACACGGGUUGUAUGGGAGGCACUGGAUAUGUGGAUCAUGGUCUUAAUUUGUGAUAUUCCGAUGGAGUCUUUCUCCUUAGAUUCUACUCUUGUGCUCGUUAGUAGCAUCUAUAUGGCCUCAGUGCCAAUCUCAACUGCAGUAUGCAGUUUGUUUCUUGUGUUCAAUCUGGCUCUUUGUGCUAUGUUGGUGUGUGUUUCUUCUUGGUGGCAGAUUGAAGAAACACUAUCUAUGAUAUUCCUUCUGUUGAAGCCGGUUGAGACGAGUACUUUUCUCUUGGGUGUUUCCUGUCUGAAGCAGUCUAUUUUCCCAAUAUUUCUUCAUGUAUGGAGCGAAUUGGAUGAACAAGCAUUGCUGGUAUUGCAAGGAUUUUCCUCCCAGCUAGUGCAUUUUUCUGCCUUUGAGGCAGUGAUUGUGACCCUUUGGGUUACACUGGAUGCAAUUUGUCAAAAAGCCUAUGAAAUUGUUGUUAUGCAGUUUUUAUGGUCUUCUUUUGUAAGUUGUUUUCUUAAGCUAUAUCUCUAUUAUUCAGUCAGUUUAUUUGUCUGUUUGGCUUGCUAUGGCCUUGUUGUAUACUCCUAUAAUGGAGUUUAAACUCGUUUCAGUAUAAUGGAAGUAUGGUUUGAUCAAAAAAAAUCGUACAAAUAGUUUCAAAAUAUUUAUAAUACGUGAGAAUUUUUAAAUGAAGACAUAAACAAUAACUUAUUAUGAUAAUCUUUUAACUAGUAAUAAUUCAAGUAUUAAUUAGUAAUUAUAAAUGUUUAUGUCCGCAUGUGCGAGUAAAAUACCUAGUAAAAUAAAAUUUUGAAUAUGAUCCAAUCCAUUGUAGCAUACGGGCCUGCAAUAUAUAAACCAUAAAUGAGAAUUUAUCUCAAUUUAUUUUCGCUCUUAAUUUUUUUGGCUUUCUUCAAAAUUAAUUUACGAUUGUUCAAAACCGUUGCAGAAACCACUAUACGUCCUCGCUCACUCAAGAGCUACAUGUUCUGCAUGUAUAAACAGAACUACGAAACUCGAAACAGCAUCCAAAACCAGAAUAGACAAGAGUGACAAGACAAUGUUUAGAGAACAACGAUAUGUCUUUUUUUUUUACUAUCACAACCAGUGAUAAGCUCUUUAACUAUCAUAUGCAUGCUUA